CCCGAUGUGAGGAUCGAACUCACGAACCAUGAGAUCAUGACCUAAGCUGAAGUCAGAUGCUUAACUGACUGAGCCACCCAGGUGCCCCAUCCGCAGAUGGUUUUUAAAGCCAUGGGACUGGAUGAGAGAGGAGUCUGAGGACCUUGCCUUGCAGCACUCCACGUGCGUAGGUUCAGGAGAUGAGUGGGGACUGGAAGCCAAGUGUAGAAGGCGUUUCAAGGAAAGGAAACUGGCACAAGGCACAGGUUGCUGAUAGGGCAAGUAAAAUGAGGACUGAGAACUGAUCACUGGAUUUAGCAAUGUGGAAGUGACCUGGACAAGAGCAUUUCCGGUGGCAUGGUGGAAGUGAAGGCCAGAUUAGAAAAGGUUUAAGAGAGAAUGAGAGAAGAGGAACUGGAGACAGCAAGUGCAGAUGAUCUGUCAAGGAGUUUGGCUGUACAGAGGGGCAGAGAAGUGGAGCUGUUGCUGGAGAGGGUGUCUGAUCAAUUACUGAGCAGUGUCAGGUAGGGAGAGCACACGGGACCUGGCCACAGCUUGGUCUUCCUAGAGCAUGAAUUCUUCAUCCCAAGGAAUAAGAGAGAAGGUGGAAACCGAACAGACACAGGUGGGAAGAUCUCCUGAUGACAGGGCGCAGCACUGUGUUUGCCAUGCAGCACGUCCUCGGUGCGCCCCGUGUGGUGUGGAGAGGCCUCCUUGGAAGGGACCUCUUUAUGGCCAGGACUCUCUGCAGCCCAGGCCCUAGCCAGCCCAGAGAGAAAAGACCUGAGGAGGUGGCUCUUGGGCUGUACCGCCGCCUCACAGCUCUGGGAAGAGCCCUGGGGCACGACAUUCAUCAGCGAGCAUCGUCCACAGCCACGACUUGGUGGGAAAGAUACGAAGAGUUUGUCGGACUCAAUGAAGUUCGAGAGGCCCAGGGAAAUGUGACUGAGGCAGAGAAAGUGUUCAUGGUGGCUCGAGGGCUUGUGCGAGAGGCUCGGGAGGACUUGGAAGUUCACCAGGCCAAGCUGAAGGAGGUGAGGGACCGCUUGGACCGCAUCUCCAGAGAGGAUAUCCAGUACCUAGAACUGGCUACGCUGGAGCACCGGCUGCUGCAAGAGGAGAAGAGGCUUCGUGCAACCUAUCUGCGUGCUGAAGACUCUGAGCGAGAGAAGUUCUCCCUCUUCUCUGCGGCUGUGCGGGAAAGUCACGAGAAGGAGCGCACUCGAGCUGAGAGGACCAAGAACUGGUCCCUCAUCGGGUCAGUUCUGGGGGCCUUGAUUGGUGUGGCUGGCUCCACCUAUGUGAACCGUGUGCGGCUACAGGAGCUGAAGGCCUUGCUCUUAGAGGCGCAGAAGGGGCCUGUGAGCCUCCAGGAGGCCAUCCGAGAACAGGCAUCCAGCUACUCCCUCCAGCAGAGGGACCUCCACGACCUCAUGGUGGACCUAAGGGGCCUGGUACAAGCUGGCUCCGGGCUGAGCUCUGGGACCCAGGCAGGUACUUCCCCCACCCGAGACAGAGACACAGAUGUCCUUUCAGCUGCCUUGAAAGAGCAGCUCAGCCAUUCCAGGCAGGUCCAUUCAUGUUUAGAGGGUUUACGAGAGCGGCUUGAUGGCUUGGAAAAGACUUUCAGCCAAACGGCUGAGGUGGUUCAGCUUGCGAAGGCUGCAGCACAUCCAGGCCUGCUGGGGCCAGCAGACAGGGCCCUGCCUGGCUCCUUGCUGGAGCAGGGGAGCGUGAUCUUGGCACUAUCAGACAUGGAGCAGAAGCUUGAAGCUCAGGUCAACAGGAACACCAUCUACAGCACACUGGUCACCUGUGUGACAUUUAUGGCCACUCUGCCUGUGCUGUACGUGCUGUUCAGGGCCAGCUAGCCCUGGGAGCCUCCUCCAGAGAGCUGAGGGGAUAGCCGUGGAUACAAAUUUAGCUAGAGAAUCCCAACAAUGAAGUGAGAGCCUUUGGGGUGCACACAACCUCAGCCUGAGGCUGAACACCAUCUGUGUGGCUCACCAGCAGGCAUACUUUGAUUUUGAGAAAAUGCUCAUUUAUGUUAAUUAUCAACACUUUGUACUAAUGUCCAAAUAAAAUGUCUUUCGGUUCAUGUUA